GCUCGAGCGGUAAGCGUUUGCAAGCGCGCCGAGGGCUGGCCUGCGAGGCGGGCGGGCAGGCGGAGAGAGCGCCUAGCAUGUGGGGCCAGCGGCUUUUUGCUGGGCUGGCCGAGGCGGAAAGUGUGAGUUUUUCAGGACUUGUCCAAAUGGAUGAAGAUACACAUUACAAUAAAGUUGAAGAUGUUGUUGGAAGUCAUGUAGAAGAUGCAGUGACGUUUUGGGCCCAGAAUAUUAGUAAAAAUAAGGAUAUUAUGAAGCUCAGUUGCUCACUAUCUGAAGUUUGUCCUCAUGCUAAUUCAGUUUUUGGGAAUCUUGAUUCUAAGAAGAUUUAUGGUGGAUUGUUUUCUGAAGAUAAGUGUUGGUACAGAUGCAAAGUGCUAAAAACCAUCAGUGAUAAGUGUCUGGUGAGAUACAUUGACUAUGGAAAUACUGAAAUUCUGAACCAAUCUGACAUAGUGGAAAUUCCCCUGGAGCUGCAAUUUUCUAGUAUUGCCAAGAAGUAUAGACUUUGGGGACUACAGAUCCCUUCUGGCCAAGAAGUUACCCAGUUUGAUCAGGGCAGAACAUUUUUGGGGAGCUUGAUUUUUGAAAAAGAAAUAAAAAUGAGAAUUAAAGCAACCUAUCAAGAUGGAACAGUUAUUGCUCAGGCUGAGUAUGGCACUGUCGAUAUAGGGGAAGAAGUGGCAAAGAAAGGAUUUGCAGAAAAGUGCAGACUAACCUCUGGCAUUGACGUCUGUGAGGCAAAGAAACCAGAUCCUAGUCAGCUUGCUCUCAGGAGCCUCAAGAACCCUAUCCCCUUGUGGGGGCGCAGAUCAAAUCAGUCAUCCUUCAACAGGCCGAAGGGGCAGUUUAAUGGGAAGUUGACUCUUGAUGCGAAGUAUGAAACUAAUGCAGGAAAUCACGUGACAUUUCCAAAGGAAAAUUUGGCUGCUGUUGACUUUAAUUUAGUCUCUAAUGUCAGCUUGGCAAAAAUUAAACAGGACCAGAAACUAAUUGAAGAAAAUGAAAAGCUUAAAACAGAGAAAGAGGUUCUUCUAGAAAAUUACAAGGCAUUAGAAAUGAAAGUUGAACAGACUGCUCAGGAGCUCCAGCAAGAGAAAACAACUACCAUGGAUCUGACUAAGCAUUUAGAAAGUACUCUGAAGACAUUUGUAGGAACCAGGCUGAAGAAUCUGGCAGCUAAAGUGAAACUAUUGAAAGAAAUAAGGCACAUUAACAUUAGUAUUCGUUUUGGUAACGAUCUUUCGGAUGCUAUGCAAGUGUUGAAUGAAGGCUCCUUUACUACUCUAGAAUCUUUGAAUGAGUUAGAAAAAAUUUGGGCUGAAUAUAAUGUGGCUCAGGAGAAGAUCAAAACUUGUCAUGAUGAGAGUGAAGGUAGUAUUUUGAUUGCUAAAAGAAAUGAAGUGCAACAAAACCUGUUCAUGGCUGUAGAUGUUUUUAUUCUGGAAGUAGAUGAGUUACCACUUGAUAAACGCUUAAAAACGUUGCAGGACUUAUCAACUUCUUUAGAAGCGGUGUAUGGAAAGGCCAAAGAAGGAACUAACUCUGAAGAAAUACUUAGAAAGUUUUAUGACUGGCAGUGUAACAAAAGAGAAGAGUUUGCUAGUAUUAGGAGUGAGACAGAGGCUUCUCUGCAGCAUCUUGUGGCAUGGUUCCAGAGCAGUCAGAAGGUUUUUGAUCUAUCUUUGGGUGGGUUACUGACUUCAGAAGACAUGAUUGGUAAUAUUGAUGAAAUUCUAGAGAAGACGGAGUCAUCUGUCUGCAAAGAGCUGGAGAUAUCUCUCAUUGAACAAGGUGUUAUAGACAAGGAGAUUAUUUUAAGUACAUACAGUCAAGUGCUGCAGAAGAUCCAUUCUGAGGAAAAGUUCAUUGCCACCCUGCUAGCCAAGUACAAGGAUAGUGUCGAGUUUAAAAAUCAGAUCACUGACUGUUUAAAUAAGAGCCCCAGUGUGGAUUACUUGUUGUCCAUUAAGAAGACUUUGAAAGGCUUAAAAGCUCAACUGAGAUGGAAAUUGGUUGAGAAGAGUAAUUUGGAAGAAUCUGAUGACCAUGAUGGAACUGAAAUUGAGAAAAUAAAACAAGAAAUAACUCAGUUGCGCAAUAGUAUCUUCCAGGAAAUUUAUCAUGAGAGGGAGGAAUAUGAGAAGCUGAACACCUUGACGCAGAAAUGGUUCCCUGAACUGCCUCUGUUAUACCCUGAAAUCGGAUUACUUAAGUAUAUGAAUUCUGGUGGUCUUCUUACUAUGAGCUUAGAGCGAGACCUUCUUGACACUGAGCCCAUGAAGGAACUUAGCAGCAAACGUUCUCUGGGGUGCUCUGACGUUAAUGGGCAGCCAGUUCUCUUAAAGGGCUAUUCUGUGGAUGUUGACACAGAAGGCAGGAUGAUUCAGAGAGCAGCCUCCUAUCAUAGAGCUUGUGAAGAUUCUAAGGAAGAGUCUGGAUUACUGCCAUUGAUAUUCCUGUUUCUGUGUAAGUCUGAACCUGUUGCCUACCUGAUGGUCCCAUAUUAUCCUAAGGCAAACCUGAGUGCAAUUCAAGCUAGUAUGCCUUUAACUUCAGAAGAAGCUUUAAAAGUCAUGAAAGGUGUUGCCCGAGGCCUGCAUACAUUGCACAAUGCUAACAUAAUUCAUGGAUCACUUCAUCAAAACAAUGUAUUUGCCUUAAAUCGUGAACAAGGAAUUGUUGGAGAUUUUGACUUCACCAAAUCUGAGAGUCAGCGAGCUUCAGUGAACAUGAUGCUUGGUGGAUUGAGUUUGAUAUCACCUGAAUUGAAAAUUGGGAAACCUCCUUCUGCAAGUUCAGACUUAUAUGCUUAUGGCUGCCUUUUGUUAUGGCUUUCUGUUCAUAAUCAGGAGUUUGAGACAAGUGAAGAUGGAAUCCCAAAAGUGAAUCAGUUUCAUUUGGAUGAUAAUGUCAAAUCCCUCCUCAUUAGCUUGAUACAUUUUAGAAGUUCAAUGACUGCUGAGCAAGUUUUGAAUGCUGAAUGUUUCUUGCUUCCAAAGGGGAAAUCACUUCCAAACCCAGAAAAAGAGAUUGAGUAUAUUCCGCAUAACAAAGAAGAUGAGUCAAAGGUGGAGAGCUCAGAUAGAUAUAAAGAAAGACAAGAAUUGGUGACGCCAGCACUGACUGACGUGUAGUCUUCUAUUGCUUCUGGACAUGUCCCUUAGAAACUUUGUUCUGUUUGCUUAGUAGACAAAAAAAAAUGUGUGUGUAAGUGUUCUGGAACUAGUUGGAUUGGGUCUGUGUAUUUGGGUUGUAAAAAAUAAAA